AUUAUUCAGCGAAAAAUGUCACCCCUGAAUCCGUAGAGGGAAGGGAGCAAGGAACGUCACUUUCUUUCUUCUCUUCCCUUGAUGUCCUGCGCGCGUCGUUAACCCUUCCCUUGAGGCUUUGCAGACUCCGAAAACCAUGUGAGACGACCAGGAACGAGUCAGCUUUUUUCGCCUUUUUUCAUCUCCAUGUCUUAUAGUUCAAACUAUUGUCUAUAAUUGGCCAAUCAGAUCUCAGGGUUCUGCAGUCCGAGAUUGUGAUUGGUUACCAAAGUGUUUUACAGCUGAUAUGGGCUUCCUGUGCGUGUACCCAGAUCCCCAAACACUAACGGUCAAAACAAUGGAGUCACGAAACGAGAAUUCGACUCUAACAGCAUCUGUUUCUAAGAUCUUAUUGCGAUUUCGCCUAAUCAAAGACCUUAAUUGAAGAAGAGACGUGAUCUCCAUUACUACAAGAUGCGAAGGUAGCUCCAACAACCCAUAACACAAUGACAACGUCUUGAAAAUGUGCGAGUUUUGUUUAUAAACUCCGUCUGGAAAGUAUUGAGCACUACACUGAAAACAUCUAGUAAUAUCACGAUUUGCUGCGUGAUGCCGUUAGUUUGGGGAUACUUCGUUCCUCCCGGGGAAUCGGAAGAAGCCGAAGAAAAUUUAGAGUCUGAUUACGAGUCAGAGGACAGUGAUGAUGAUGACUACGAAAACCACGACUCAAGCGAGCUAUCUGCACUCGCAAACGGAUUAUGUCAGUCUUAUUCGGCUUCAACGCCGAGAUCAGCAAUUAUCAAUGUCCAGUUGAUUAAUAAGCGUACUGGAAGAAUGGAAAGUAAGACGAAAAUCAAGGGGAGGUUUGAUAAAGCAUUUCUCAGCCCGGCAUGGUUGAUGAAUAUAAAAGUUAAAUCAACUCAAGGUCGACUGUUGCACGCCGAGGGGACCCCGAAGUACCGAGCUCGUACCGACAGAGGUGUAGACAGAAGUGUUGUUCUGCUUUUUCUUAAAAGUUGCGAUGUUCAUGAGCAACAUUGUGAAGACUUUGUGAAGUUUGUGGAGUUGCGUGGACUGGAAUUCUCACUUGAAAAGCUUGUACCUACUGUGGAGGUUUAUAAGGAGUGUGGAAAUGCAGAUAUUGCCUACCAGAUUAUCACUUCUCUAAAAUACAGGGCCCAAGGCAAGGCUCUUCAGACACCAAUUAUCACCAGAUAUAUACACCAGCUGCUACCAAAACGAGCUGCCAAACUUCUAGAUUCCCUCCCUCUCAAAACCCUUCAAAAACUUGACAAGUCUAUCCUGCAUGAACCCUGGAUUUUUGGCUACAGGAAAAUCCUGUACAACAGGUACAAGAUCCUUGGCUGCGAGGCCAAGCUUUCAUCUCUCCUGGACAGUAAGAUCCUAAGGACUGCUGAUCCUGCUAUGGUCGAUGCAUUGUUCAUUUACUAUGCCAUUUCAAAGGAAACCUAUAGCAAAGGUCACACUUAUGUGUUGUCGAACAAGCUUAAGUGUACAAGGAAUUAUAGGCGGAUAUGGGCUCCAAGUAAUCGUGAUAUCCUACACUGGGAUGCAGCUAUGGAUUUUCUGAUUCAAGAGAAGAUCCUUGGCAAGGAGGUUAUUGAAGGUGUUGGAGAAAUUGUCUAUUUGACAAAGCUGAGGUUCUACGAGAAGACAAUAGCAAGGUGCAUUACUGAGCUCAUGGCAAAAGACCCAUGGAUUCUAACCACCAAACUAUCUCACAAGGAUUUCCGUGACGAUGCAGAUCAGCUCCGAGCUGCACACCUCAUUGCCAACAUGCCAGUGGUGGUGUUAUCAGGCAAGGGAGGCUGCGGAAAAACAUACGUAGUCAGCAAAGUCCUCUCAGAGGCAAAUAGUCACAUUAGUCCAAACAGCAACCAAGAGGACAGGCCAGCCAUGAACCUAACCCCUCCAAGUAGCACCAUCGACACCCCUCAGAGUAGCACCAUCCACACCCCUCAGAGUAGCACCAUCCACACCCCUCAGAGUAGCACCAACCCUACCCCUCAGAGUAGCACCAGCCCUACCCCUCAGAGUAGCACCAUCCACACCCCUCAGAGUAGCACCAGCCCUACCCCUCAAAGGAGUGCAGCACAGAAUAAUGGAGGGGCUGGAGAAAGUGCUGGAGAAAGUGUCGAGGGAAGUAGGGGGAAUGCAGAUAAUAAAACGAAGCCUGAGCUAAGUAUAGGGCCUGUUUUACUAACAGCCCCAACUGGACGGGCCGCUUCCAUAUUAGGGGAACGCACAGGACUCCCAUCGUUCACCAUGCAUCACGUGAUCUAUAGCUACUUCAGGUUCAAAUCUUCUGGGACGCCACCUUGGAAGUUUGCCUCCGUGAAGAUGCUUGUUUGUGAUGAGUGUAGUUUGGUCUCAGUGCGAAUAUUCUCAGACUUGAUUCGUACUCUCAUGGAGGGAGCACAUCUGCAACAGCUUGUCCUUUUAGGCGAUGUCAACCAGUUGCCUUCUAUUGAACCGGGAAACUUUCUCAGUGAUGUCUUCGAGUCGUUGAGCCCUUACGGCUUGAGCGUGACUUUGAGAAUAAACCACAGAUCCGAGUCAGAGGCAAUCGUCCAAAAUGCGCAAAGGAUUUCCGAGAGACAGGAGCCGAUUUUCUGCGAAAAAUUCGCUUCAGUUCCUUUCCGAGGAGACGCGAACCAAGAUGUUUCCGUCUCACAAGCUGUAAGGGGUCUCCUCUCGCGAAAUGUCUUCAAACAGAACAACUCACAGUUCAUUGCGUUUCGCCGUCGCGAUUGUGAGUCCAUUAAUGAACUAUGCUGUCAACAUUAUAACAAGCACCCGACGAGAGAUCACAAAGGAAAGCUAGACUUCCAAGUAGGGGAUAAGAUUUGUAUUGGGAAAAACACGGACUGUUUUGAUGUUACAGAUCCGAAAAUGCCGCUGUCAGUGCGCUUGAGUAACGGGGAUAUAUUUAUCAUCAAGGAAGACGUUACUGCGGAGGACAAAGCGAAGAGGAAGAACAGGUGCUUGCUGUUGGAUGAUGGAGUGCGCAUGAUCACUGUGAAUUUCAAGGAGCUGGUCAAGGCGAAGAUGAAGCAUGCAUGGGCGCGAACCAUUCACACUUACCAGGGUUCAGAGACAAACACAAUAGCCUACGUGGUGGGAGGCUCUCGUUACGAGACAUGGCAGCAUGUCUACACAGCGGUCACUCGCGGAAGAUCAUGCGUGUACGUCAUUCACGACCCUAAUGCUCUCUCAAACGCCGUCCGAAGUGAGCCAAUCAAGAGGCAGACGAGGCUUGCGGAGUUUCUUAAGACGAUGAUUGCUCAGAACAGGGAGCGACUUAGGGCCCUGGGCGCUGGUGGGAUUUCUGUGGUAACCCCAGCGGCGUCUCCAAUGUAUUCGGCUGGGGACGAAUUUGACAAUAGUGAAGAUGACGAGAUUCUGUGGCAGGCCUCCCAGCAAAUAGAAAAUGCUACCGAAAGUGGGAGUUUCAAAGUGAACUGUUCCUCUUCCGGAAGUGAGUUUACAAAUGGUGCCCUCAGCUUUAAUGGACUAUUAUUUGAAACAAAUGGAAUGGUUAACGCCAGUGUCGCGCCAGGAGCUUCUAAGAAUGACUUUCCGAGAAAGGUCGAAUCCGAUGAUUGUUCAGAUGACUUGAGUGAUAUUUUCGGGGAUGACAGUCUGGAUGAUACGGAUCUGGUAAAGAAUCUAGACGAGAUAGAAGAACAACUACCCCAAGCACAUCCGAGCAAUUCAAACCCCGUGGAUACCUCCCAAGGUAGCAAUGCCCCCAAGGAGGGAUCCCCUGGGGAUGCCAUGGAAGUUGGUUUCGUGAUUAGUCGGCGAAAUCUAAGGCAGAGAGCGUCUGAAAUUUACCCGCCUCGUUCGAUAUCGUCUGCCGACAAGCGACACGAAAAGCUCAAUUCUGCGUGCGAUGGUAACCCAGUUUCGAGCUCCUUGUCCUCCGGGCAGACCAGCGGUCUCUACUCAUCACUACCAGGGACUCUUCGCGAAUUUAGCGAUGUUAAUGCUUCUACAUACGGGAAUUCGACGUCCUCGACGCCUGGUCGAGGCUACCGACGUAACCUAGCCUCUACAUCGGUAUCGCUAUUUUCUUCGCCUGGCAAGAGAUUUAGCAGCUCAGCAUCAUCAACAUACGGGAAGAGGCUCGUCGCUUUUGCCUCUUCACCAGAACGAGGUUCAAGUGUUUUGAAUAGUCCCCCUUUGUCCAUGUCCUUCUUGGGACAGUUCUUAACACCAGUAAAGAACAAUUCUCCCUGCACAACGCCACAUCGAAGCUCAGCGAGUUUCAGCCCGAACCGAGUCUCCACACCGAAACGAGGUUCUCCGACAUCCCGUAAUACUCCUAGUAGAGGACUUAGAACUCCGGUCACGACUGCUAUGUUCAGCGGUCGCUGCAGCGCAUGUGCCUCACCUAUUCGUGCUGGACAUGACAAGAUCUCCAAACGCACCAACGGUCAAGGGGUCUGGGUCCACUUGGAGUGUGUCGACAAGUGAUGAUGUGAUUUCGUGAAAGAAAAUAGCUUUUUUAAAGUUUUGAUAAAUUUGGCUGUUUUGGGGAAAUUUAUCAAAAUUGUUGAAUUUGGGUCUUUUAUUCAUAAAGUGACGUCGUUUAACCUUGGUCAAGCCCUACAACCUUGAUGUUUAGCUUUAUCGCUGAACGAUAAAGUAUCCGAUCAUACGAAAGAAGUCUCGGAAAGAGCGUUUCAUGCUAGACAUGGGGUCUUCGAAUGGACGUUGUCGCGUGUCUGCCUACGUUGCGUCUUGUUAUGUUGCAGUUGUAUCAGUAUGUGUGCAGAUAGAAGAUAGAUUUUGUUCUUUGCUUUGUUUUUGUUCUUUAGCUAGGUAGAGUUAAAGUUCACAUUUCAAUUGUUUUGAAACACUGCUAUGACGCAGAAAGGAUAGAGAAAAUGUUAGGUUUUGAAUAAAAAUAUGCAUUGUUACUCAUAUGAGUAAAAAUCUUUGACACAAA